AGCAGCAGCAGCAGCAGCAGCAAGCACAACAGUCACAGCAGCAGAUAUUAGUCCAGAGCACAACCCCAUCCAAGAAAUUGUCACUGUCUCAGUAUAGACAAAGGAGGUCUCAUGAUCUCAGCAGAGAACUGCAGCAACAGCCACAACCACAACCACAACCACAACCACAACCACAGCCACAGCAGCAACAACAGCCACAACAGCAGCAGCAGCAACAACAACAGCAACCACUACAAGCACAGAAACUACAGGUUCAGCAGGGAACCACAAAUGACGAAGUGAGAAUACCUCUGUCAACAAAUAACACCCUUAAUGAGCAAUACUAUUAUGUGCAACGGGCAGAUGGUAGUAGGAUAUUAGCAGUUGUGUCUUUAAAUCAGGGAGCUUCAAAUACCACAGCACAACAGUCUAAUACAAGUACUGUCACAACAAUGGCAGGUUCACAAACGCCGCACAUGAGUUCAGCCACAGUCGGUGCCAACUCUGUGUCUAAGGCUAAGCCUGAGGAAGGACUGAUUCUUAAUAGCAGUACUGUAGCAAAGUCUACAAGUCUGCAAGUAGCUCCAACAAAUUCUUCCAGAGUCGUUUCCCCCAGCAACCCUCCAGUGUCCAUAGCUGCGAAAACCCCUCCUCUCCAGGAACAAACUGUCCACUCCACUGUUUCGACUGAGCAGACAGAUGCAGAAGGGAAUGGAAAACGGCGGUUUAUCAAGGGCCGGGUGGCAGUGUGUAGCAAUUGUGGCAUCCUGAGUGAAGACCUCCUAACGUGCCAAAGGUGUAAUCACAGGACAGACACAGCGCGCACCCUGGCGCAGUCGACCAUCACCACCUCGGGGAAGAGCUCAACAGCAGACUCGACAGUGGUGGGAGGAAGGGGUGUUGGCUUCUCAAACAUGCAUAUAAUGAAGCAGGUAAAUGUCUCUUUGGGUGUCCAGUUUAGGGGUAGAUAUUUAGCCUCUAAAUUCUGGGAUUAACAAUUAAAAUUCAUC